GGGUUGAAAGUUGAAAGUCAAGUGACACUGCUGCGGUCCUCAGCAUGGCGGCGCAGGCAACUUACAGAGGUCUGCUUCAAGCAAUGUCGUGUUCGAGACAGUAUGUCGCGUUCGCUAAAGUCUCGUCCGCCUCUCGCCUUAACGGUCACGGCGCGCGACACUACAGCGCGGACCCAAGCGAGGACCUGCGCGUCAGGCACCUGGACGGAGAAGACGCCGGUAUUGUUGUUGUUGGGAUAAAUCGACCAAAAGCGAAAAAUUCCAUAAGCAAAAAUCUGGUCAAAAUGAUGUCUGAAGCUGUGGAGGAUAUCAAGAAGGAUAAUCGAGUGCGUAGUGUCAUUAUUUGCAGUUUGGUUCCAGGGAUCUUCUGUGCAGGGGCCGACCUGAAGGAGAGGUCCAAGAUGCAUCAGAGUGAAGUGGGACCGUUUGUGUCCAAAGCCAGAGCACUCAUCACAGAGCUGGGUAACCUACCGGUACCAACAAUUGCUGCAAUUGAUGGAGCGGCCUUAGGAGGAGGCUUGGAAAUGGCCCUUGCUUGUGACAUCAGAAUUACCUCCAAUACUGCGAGAAUGGGACUAGUUGAGACCAAACUUGCGAUUAUUCCUGGAGCAGGUGGUACACAGCGUCUCCCCAGGGUGAUUGGUGUCUCUCUUGCGAAGGAGCUCAUCUUUGCUGCCCGGGUGGUGGAUGGUACUGAGGCAUGUCGCCUUGGUCUUGCCAGUCAUUCGGUAGAACAGAAUAAGAGUGGAGAUGCUGCCUACCUGCGGGCACUAGAGCUUGCUCGUGAGAUCAACCCACAGGGUCCAAUUGCAAUAAGGAUGGCAAAACUGGCAAUCAACCAGGGGACAGAGGUGGAUUUAUCUACAGGUCUGGCAAUAGAAGAAGCUUGUUAUGCCCAGGUGAUACCAACAAAAGAUCGAUUGGAGGGUUUAUCUGCCUUCAAGGAGAAGAGGCGUCCUCACUUCAAGGGAGAGUGAGGCCACACAGGGUUCUGCCUUAAACUCCUCUACAUCUCCAAUGCUUCAGAUAAAUCUAUGGGGAAAAACCUGUACAGGACCUCCAAGUGGUUACUGGCUGGUGUUUUUGCCAGUGACUAGAAUGUGCAGGUGUAAAGCACUUGCUGGGAAUCACAACCACCUCCAAGCUAAACAACCAAUCAUUAGCUACUGCUUACAAUACUUCAAACUUACUUAACAUGUUUUGAGAUUUUAAGUUGGUUAAGUUACUAACCUGCUUGACUAAUUAACUGAGAACCAUGGACAUUUCUGUGAACGCUUCACAAGAAUUUUUGUUGAUUUUGGUAGCAAUGUCCCACUGUGGUAACCUUGAAUAGCACCAGCAAUGUCUGCAUGAAAUAAAAGAAACAUAAUUUUUUCUCUGACUUGAA